AGUUCGCCUGGUUUCGUUGCCUUGGUAUUGCCGCACAGUGUGACUGCCGCGGGUUGACCGGCGCUGAGCUGCUUCUGGCUACUCUAGCCUUAUUGCCACCUGUGCUGUUUAACAAGCCUUUACCCUUGUUUUUCAACUUUUCGGCAGGUCGCAUAGCCAGCGAAAAUGGCGCUUAGCCUUCCCGCAACGUCGCACUGCGCCGGCCACCUAGUCGCAGGCCUUCCUGCCCUCUGCAAACCGACGCGCACCUCGUCUCACCGCAUUUUACCCCGCCAUUCUAAUCUAUCCGCUGCCGGACCCGUUCUUUCCCGUGGGAGGAUGAGCCUGACCGCGUAUCAGCUCGCGUCGCUGGUUCCGCUGCCGCUUAUCGCCCACGCGGCAGCCGCGUCAGCGAAGCUCCAGCGACAUUCCGCGCUCACGUCGCGCGCCGUCGCCCGCCAAUCAGAUUUGUCGCAGGAUGUCCCGUCAAAACUGUCGCGGCCAAAUACGUCGCAAGGCCUUCCACCGAUCGCCUUCACCUUUCAGGCGGCUUCGGCGGCUGUAGCGGCAGCCGUAGCCGCCGCUACAUCCGCGCUCGCUGCGCUAACCGCGCCGGCGGCGCUCGCCGUCGAUUCAGACGCGGUCUCCCGCUACGAGCAGAUCGCCGGGAAGGCCAUCCAACGCUCUGUCGUUACAAUCACAUCCGCCGCAGCCUCUGGGCCCGUUAAUGCCACAUCCGGUGGGGAGGCCGCCGGAGCCGCCGCCGCCGCAUCCGCCGCUGGGGAGGCUGCUAGCGCCGCUGUUGGCGCCGUGUCCGACGCCGUCUCUGCCGCCGUACCUUCCGCCGUGACAGACGCCGUCACUGCCGCCGCAACUUCCGCCCCGGAAACCGUUAGCGUCGCCGCUGCCGCUGUGUCUGACGCCGUCUCCGCCGCCGCAUCUGCCGCCGCACCUGCCGCGGUGACUGAAGCCGCGUCCGCCGCCGCGUCUGCCGCCGCUUCUGCAGCGGCUGGAGUCGCGGACCUCUUCACCAGCGCCGCACCCGCCGCCGCAUCUGCCGCCGUAUUCGACGCCGAAGUGGCUCUCGUGUUCGCAGGCGCAGCGGGAGCGACGGCGCUUCUGGUGGGCGCGUUCUCGUCUCUCUUGAAAAAGCGGUACGCGGGCGAUCUAACCCCCGAAGCGGCUCUGGAAAAGGUGGCGGAAAAAGCGGCGGAGGAGUGGGAGGAGGAGGGCGAGGCGGUUGUUCUGCUGGACAUUCGCGACGCCAAGGAGCGAAGCCGGUCGGGUAACCCGACGCUGAAGAGCUCGCCGAAGCGGCUGGUGGCGCUGGCGUACCGCGAGGAUUCGGUGAAGCGGAAGGCGGAGGAGGGGGAGGGGGAUGGGGAGGACGAUGAGGUGAUUGUAUUGGGGGAGAUUAAGGAGGGGUUCGUCGAUGCGGUGAAGGAGAUUAAAGCCGUCUCGGCUGGGUCGACCAUCAUCGUGAUUGAUAAGGCGGACGAGGACGCCGUGGAUGUCGCGAAGCAGCUGACGUCAGCGGGCUUUAAGCAGGUCUUCGCCGUCGCGGGAGGAGCGGACGCGUGGCAGGAGGCGGGGCUGCCCUGGAAGAAGCCGGGCUUCCGCCUGCCCACGCCUGUCCUCCCUGUCCUCCCUAAAAUCAACCUCGGUAUCAACCUGGAGGAGUCCGUGUCUACAGUGAAGGAGGUCUUCAGCAGCGUUGAGACCGGAGCAUCAACAGCAGCGUCGGCAGCAGCGUCAGCAGCGCCUGCUGCCAUCGGCAUUCUCGCUGCUGCCGGGCUCUCCGUAGCAGUCAUUGCGGAGGGAGAGGCGCUCAUUACUCUGGUCGCCUCGGUGGCUCUCGUGCAGUUCAUCGCCACCAAGCUGCUCUUCGCCAAGGAUCGCGAGCAAACCUUGGCGCAGCUGCGCAAGUACCUGCCAGAGGGUGCCGACUUCCCGGCUCUCAGCCCUCCUCAGGAAAUCGCUGCAACUGAAACCCCUGCUCUCAGCCCGCCUAAGGAGACAGUUGCUGCCACCACCACUGCUCCUCCUGCACCUGCUCCUGCUCCUGCUCCUGCUGCAUCUCCUGCUCCCGCUGCUGCUGCUUCUGCUCCCGCUGUGGCUGCAAAGCCUGCAGCAGCUGCAGCAUCAGCCUCCCCUCCAGCCAUUCCCGCUCCCUCACCUGCUGCUGCUGCUGCUGCUGCUGCUGCUGCCGCUGCCUCUGCCCCUGUCUCCCCUGCUCCUGCUGCUCCUGCUCCCCCUGCUGCUGCUCCUGCUCCUCCUGCCGCUCCUGCUGCUGCUACUCCUGCUGCUCCCGCUCCUCCUCCUCCUGCUGCUGCUGCUGCUGCUGCACCCAAGGCCGAGUCAGGCGUAUCUGACCUACCCUACGCCAACCGUCCUCUCUCUCCCUACGCCCUGUACCCCGACCUCAAGCCACCCACAUCGCCUUGCCCAUCCCCCCCCACUCCUCCCUCCUCCAAUGAUACUGCCGUUGCCGAGCCUCCUGCCAAGCCUGCUGCUGAACCUGCUGCCGGGGCACCCGCUGCCGCAGCAGCAGUUGAAGCACCAGCAGCAGCAACAUUGCCAGCAGCAGCAGCAGUUGAAGCACCAGCAGCAGCAGCAGUGCCAGCAGCAGCAGCAACUCCGGCAGCAGUUGAACCUGCCCCGGUUGCACCUGUCUCAGAUCUACCCUAUGCCAACAGGCCUCUCUCUCCCUAUUCCCUGUACCCGGAUCUCAAGCCACCCACCUCACCAUGCCCAUCCCCCCCCACUCCUCCCGCCUCCAAUGCUGCCAUUAUUGCCGAGCCUCCUGCCAAGCCUGCUGCCGAGCCUCCUGCCAUGCCACCCACCCCUGCACCAGCUGUAGUAGAAGCACCAGCAGCAGCAGCACCUGCAGCAGUUGAACCUUCCCCAGUUGCGCCUGUCUCAGACCUGCCCUAUGCCAACAGGCCUCUCUCCCCCUACUCCCUGUACCCGGACCUGAUGCCCCCCACGUCACCAACCCCCUCCCCACCAACUCCCCUCUCAUCAACCACUGCUGCCAAACCUGCUGAGGUUUCAGCCCCAGCUGCCGAGCCUGCUGCCGCACCUGCUGCCGCACCUGCCGCCGUGCCUGCUGCUGACCCUGCACCCGUCGCUUCGGCGCCUGCCGUGGCUGUUGACCCGGCUGUAGCAGCAGCAGGAGCGGCAGCUACAGUUGCUGCAGCUGGUGCUACAUCCGCUGCUGCUGCUGCCACUGCCGCUGUGGCUGCUGCUGUGGCAGAAUCUACAGCCUUGCCUGCCCCUGUGACGCCCCUUUCCCCAUACUCCCAGUAUGAGGAUCUCAGGCCUCCAACCUCCCCUUCCCCAGCAGCACCUGUCUCUUCUGCCGCUGCUGCAGCAGCUGCUGCCGCCACCACUGCUGCUGCUGUCUCUGCCGCUGCUGCUGCCCCUUCCCCCACUCCUGCUGCUGCUGCUGCUGCACCAGCCACUGUAGCUGCGGCUACACCUGUAGUUGAUGCUGCUACUGCGGCUGCUGCUGCUGCCGCCACUGCCACCGCUGCUGCUGCCACUGCUGCUGCUGCAACUGCAGCAACUACUGCUACGGCUGCUGCUGCUCCUGCUCUGGCUCCCCCGAUCGCUUCCCCUGCUCCUGCUGCCGAGCCUGUGAACCCUGUAGCUGCGCUGGUUGAUGCUGCUACCGCGGCUGCUGCUCUUGCUGCCACUGUCUCUGCCGCCGCUGCCACUGCCGCUGCUGCUUCUGCCACAGCUGCCGCUGCUGCAGCUGCUCCAAACUCGUCGGAUCUGCCUUAUGCCAAUCGACCCCUCUCUCCCUAUCCUACGUACCCGGAUCUGAAGCCUCCCACCUCCCCAUCUCCUCUCCAGCCCUAAGCAGCCCCUCUUAAAGCCUCUCCAUCUCGACCCACAAGAUUAUCCAGCACCUACUUCUACAGUAAAGCCACCAUCCUGAGUCUUCUAGCUGGAAUGCUACCCGUAGAUUAUCUUGUUAAUGUUGUUAUUUGAAGGGCACCUUUGUUGGUGCCUGGUAUAGGGGCAAAUGUAGCUAUGGACAUUUAGCUGUAGCAAUUUGCACACUUUUUAGUGAAGGUGUGCUUCGGACAUGCACAUGAUGUCACGUAUGGUA